UUGUGAAAAAUUGUAAUAGGUAGCAAAUUAAAAAGUCAACAUUGAAAUAGAAAGCAUAAAGUACCAACGACGACGAAAAAGUUUUUUUGAUUUCGUUUACCUGGAUAGAUUUUGUUUCCAAUCGUUCACAGGAUGUUUAGAAUAUUCUCUUACAUACCCAACCGAUUUCAUCACUCCCAGUCUGCUUUUGUAUUACGACUCUAGUGACCAAUGGAUAAGAGCAUAUAAGGAGUUAAACGUUCAAAUGAUCAAUGCCGAAUUCUUCAUUCUCAGAAAUUUUCGUCCUUCAUGCUUUUUAGGAAUUAAAAAACAAAUUGGAAAGAGUACCGUAACUUCAUUCAGAUCGAUGCGAUCACGAUGGUGGUUCUUGGCAUUGUCGGCGUGCAAGGAGGAAAAUAUUGGAAACAAGUCAACAGGUCUUCAUGUCGAGUACGAACUCUUCAUGACAAAUGGCGAUCCGAAUGACAUUCUUCGUUACCAGUUUUCGGAUGAUGAAUGGCUUAUUCUACCAACUGAUGUUGUUUUUCUAUUGUUGCAGUGUGGAUUGCUGACCAUUAACUACAUCAUCGGAUGUCAACUAACUAUUCGACGCCUCUACCAUAACACAUACCGUAUAUCAACACAGUCAAUGAUACUCGAUGUGCUUGGAUUAUCACUGAUGGUGAUUGCUUAUGGUGCAUACGCCCUGGAUGGAAUAGGAUUCCCUUUUUUAAAAGGAUUCGCACAAAUGUUUUUCAUAUUCAUGGUGCUGCUGCUUGGACGAGGUCAAAAUGUGACGAAAAUGAAGCUCACCAAGAUAUUGCAGGGAUUUGAUCCGGCGCUUGUGUACUUCCAGUCAGAGUCGAUCCCUGGUUUCUUGCUGGCCGGAUGGCGAAUAGUCGCAUGGGUCUUCUUCUUUUUAUGUAAACGUGGAAGAUCAUCGCCAGAAAUAUUUUUUCCCACGCAGUUCGUUUUCAGGUUUUGGGCUGGACCAAUCGUAUUAUGUAUUGCAAAUUAUGUGCUGGACAACUGGGUCAGAGAAGGGGUGGUGAACAUAGUUGACAACGGCGUCAUUUCUUAUGGUUACAUCGUUUUUCUGUAUAUCUCAUGGCCAAGCAACGCAAACGCCAACUUUCCAUUUCACAUUCGAACUACACAAAUCGAUGUCAGCUUCAACCCAAAUAACGCCUACGUGAAUUAUGGUGGCACCCACGCAAUCACUGAGGAUGAGCCAUUCAAGCAUCAAGUAUAUUGUCAAACAAAUUCCGUCAUAAAAAGCCUGACAGUGCCUUACACAAGAUCAUCUACCUGUUGA